GUGCGUGGUCUCCACAAGCGGACCUGUGGAACAUUAGCAUCGGAUGCAACUGAAGCCCACUGAACUGAUUACCGUCCAUUCAAGUCAGGAAAUGGAGGACAAUCAAUAAAUGUACAUGUACAUUAACUUCUCAUCGGACCAACCAGGAAUGACCUGACCUUUUACCAUUGUAAACGCUUCUUCUUGACAGCUUCUUCUACACAGCCAUAAUUCAGAAUUUUCUCAACUGUUCUUUUGGGUGGGUUUUCUCCUGGCCACAUCCAAAAUGUCUGAGGCUGACUUCCAGAGAAUUGAGCGGUUUUACCAGAUCCUGAACAAGGACCCGUCCUGCAACCAUUCCCACCUGACCUUCCAUAACACCAGCAUGGUAUACGAUCUGGACUUCCCUGGCGAUGGCUCCCACUGGCUGCGCGCCAUCAUCUCCGUGGUGUACUGUGCCGUGGCCACCGGCGGACUGCUGGGCAAUCUCCUCGUGCUGUACCUUCUCUGCUCCACCCGGACCAUCGUCAAGAGUGCCAUCAACUUCUUUGUGUUCAACCUGGCCCUGGCUGACUUGCUACUCUCCCUGGCUCUGCCGUUCUGGGCAGUAGACAUCACCCUGGACUACAACUGGCCUUUUGGUUUGGCCAUGUGCAAGGCCGUGUCCCUCCUGACGGGCCUCAACGUCUACGCCAGUUGCUUCUUCCUGAUGGCCAUGAGCUUGACCCGCUACUGUUCAGUGGCUACUGCACUCAAGCCCGCUGCACCACUCGGUCACAAGCUUUGUGAUUCCCGGGUAACUACCGCACUUAUAUGGGCCGGGGCACUGGUGGCUGCUGCACCGCGUGCCGUGUUCGCCGAUCUCAACAGAGUAGGCAUGGCCAAUGACACUGCAUGUCUGCUCCGCUUCCCUAAAGGUACAAAUUGGCUGGCUGUCAACCAACUCCUGAGGCUUCUGUUUGGCUUCCUGUUGCCCUACUUCAUCAUGAUCCUCUCCUACCUGCUCCUGCUGCGCUUCCUCUGCCGGCACAAGCUGAAUGGUGUCAACCCACGGCGACAGGCACAUGUCUCCAAGUCCGUGGCAGUUGUGGUGCUCUCCUUCUGCACCUGCUGGUUCCCGUAUAACGUGCUAACUCUCUGGAGCGCGCUGAUCCAACUGGAUCUAACAGAAAUCAGUCCCUCCUACUACUUUGUCCAGACCUACCUCUUCCCCUUGGCCAACUGUCUGGCCUUCACCAGUAGCUGCCUCAACCCUGUCAUCUACUGCCUCAUUCGCAGGGAGUACCGCAAGGCCCUGCGCACCCUGGUCUUGAAGUCAAGUCUAGCAAUCGCUUCCAAAGCCUGCCUCUCGGCAGUCAACUCCAAUGAGGGCCAGAACCGCGAAGGGCAGCUGGGCAUCCCGCUCAACAAUAUGGAAAGCCACACGGCCCAGUCUUACACCAAGAGGUCAGCACUGCCCUCUACCACUCUAUCGCUGGGUCCCAGUCCCAAGGGCCUCUGUCCGCUCAAUGUCCUCACCUGAGGAGGAUAUCGCUGAACCUCAGAUAUAGAUUAAUUAAAGCUUCAAUUCAAUUUUGUUGGGGUUUUCGCAUGGGUAUGACAAACCUUUUUUUCCUUUACCAAAAACACAAAGUUGUAUCUAUAUUAUGAGACUAAUGCCUUGUUGCC